AAGACUUGAAUGAUUUGGCGAUAAGAAUAGGCGCCGAUUUGGGUCUUCCGGACAUCAAUGACAUCCAUGUGGGGGAAGAGUCCGUCAAUCACGAUAUGCUCGCGAAUGUGGACCAAAGUCAGGGCAUCAUCGAUGACAAGCAUCGCAUCGCCAGAGACGGCACCGCUAACGACGAAGACAUGGAGACCAUUGUCAUCGAAACCAUGAACGACGUGGACAUGAGUGACGCCAUUGUGUUCGGCAAUGUGGGCAACGAUGUGACCAUCAGUUCCAGCAAUCAGUUUGACAGACAGCAAAUGUCAAUGAGCGGAACGUCAACGACGGCCAAAGCGAUAGCCGUUCCCCGCAGGACACGGACGGCCGGACCCGCGAAGAUACGCGCACCUCAUCCGCAGACACAGACAAUUCAAUCCAUAUCCGCAUCUCAGCCAUCGCCACAACAGAUCCGAUUCGCGAACCAAUUCGUGACCACAACAACAACACAGCCG